AUGGCAUCAGCCAUAAUAAAAUCGCUAGAUUGGCAUGUUUGUCGACCAGCAGUUGCCCACUUUGAUUUUCGUAAGUGGGCCUUGGAAGGUAUCAACGUUAAGGACUUGAUCACCAACGUUGGCUCCGGUGUCGGUGCUGGUGCCCCCGCUGGCACUGCUGCUGCCGGUUGUGAUGCCGCCCCUGCCGCUGGUGAAGCCAAGAAGGAAGAGAAUAAGAAGGAAGAAGAACCUGAGGAAUCCGAUGACGAUAUGGGUUUCGCUCUCUUCGACUAAAUUGACAGAAUUUUACCCACCCAAAU